UUGUUGGUGCUACGUUUUAUGUGUAGAGACCCAGAGCAAGCUGCUGAUGAUCUGAUGCUGUUUUGAGCAAGAGACCUCUAAGAGUGUGGGAGAGUCAUCAGAUUGACUAUGAGCAAUCCUCACCAAGUGGUCCGCAGCCCAAAAAGAGGUGGAUGCCUUCCCAUCUCAGACAUGAGGAUGGUGCUGCUGGGAUACAGAACUGCUGGGAAGAGUUCAUCAGGAAACAGCAUCCUGGGCAGAGAGGAGUUCAGCACCUCAGGAAGAACAGCUGAGUGUGUGAAGAGAGAAGGAGAAACAGCAGGGAGACGCAUCACUGUAGUGGAGGCACCAGGAUGGUGGAGGAACUACACUGUAGAGAAAACUCCUGAACGUGAUAAACAAGAGAUUGUCCUCAGUGUGUCUCUGUGUCCUCCAGGACCCCAUGCUCUACUCCUGCUCAUUAGAGUGAGUGAGUCAUUCACAGAGACAUUCAGAAGAGCAGUGCAGGAACACAUGGAGCUGCUGGGUGAGAGAGUCUGGAGUCACACUAUAGUGCUGUUCACAUGGGGGGACUGUCUGGGAGACACGAGCAUUGAGCAGCACAUUGAGAGUGGAGGAGAGGCUCUGCAGUGGGUUGUAGGGAAAUGUGGGAACAGGUAUCAUGUUGUAGACAAUAUGAAGAGGGAUGGUGGCCAGGUGACAGAGCUGCUGGAGAAGAUAGAGGAGAUGGUGGCAGGAAACAGGGGCCAUCAGUUGAACUUUAAUGCAGCCAUUUUAAAAAAGCUGAAGGAGAAGAAGGAGGAAGAGGAGAGAAGAGCAGAGGAGAGGAAGAGGAAGAUGCUCAAGCAGAGAAGGACUCUCAGAUCAGCAGCAGGUGGAUACCUUCCCAUCUCAGACAUGAGGAUGGUGCUGCUGGGAUACAGAGGUGCUGGGAAGAGUUCAUCAGGAAACAGCAUCCUGGGCAGAGAGGAGUUUAGCACCUCAGGAAGAACAGCUGAGUGUGUGAAGAGAGAAGGAGAAACAGCAGGGAGACGCAUCACUGUAGUGGAGGCACCAGGAUGGUGGGGCAACUACACUUUAGAGAAAACUCCUGAACGGGAUAAACGAGAGAUUGUCCUCAGUGUGUCUCUGUGUCCUCCAGGACCCCAUGCUCUACUCCUGCUCAUUGAUGUGAGUUGGUCAUUCACAGAGACACACAUAAGACUAGUGCAGGAACACAUGGAGCUGCUGGGUGAGAGAGUCUGGAGUCACACUAUAGUGCUGUUCACAUAUGGGGACUGUCUGGGAGACACGAGCAUUGAGCAGCACAUUGAGAGUGGAGGAGAGGCUCUGCAGUGGGUUGUAGAGAAAUGUGGGAACAGGUAUCAUGUUGUAGACAAUAAGAAGAGGGAUGGUGGCCAGGUGACAGAGCUGCUGGAGAAGAUAGAGGAGAUGGUGGCAGGAAACAAGGGCUGCCCUUUCCAGUUGAAGAAGAGUAUGGAGUUACCUCCAAAACUUGGAGGACACACACCUGAUGAGCGCUCUGGGAGCAGACCUGGACGUGUGUGUGAUCUUGUGAAGCCCUUUGAGGGUCUCUCUGUGGCUGCCUCCACUCAGAGCUCUGGUUACAGCACUGGGCUCUCAACAGAGGAGAGUGGAUCUGGAGAAAUGAUCACUGUGAUCAGAAGAACCAAACCACAUGCAGGUGAUCAGACCUUGAGACCAGAGCAUGCACAAGCACAUGUAGGUGAUCAGGCCUUGAGACCAGAGCAUGCACAAGCACAUGCAACUAAGCAGAAAGAGAGGCGUAAAGAAAUCCAUUUUGUGGAUGCAUCUACAAUAACCGUGGACUACAGUAACUGCAUUGGAAGAGGAUCAUAUGGAACAGUUUACAAAGGCUCGUACCAGGGAACCCCUGCUGCUGUGAAGACCAUGCCCAUUGGAGACAGUUCAGUCAUCACAAAUGAGUUUCUCGUACCUUUAGUCAAACUACGUACCAUCCCCUUUGAAUCUUUUUUCGUGUCAAUAACCCUUCCCAACAUCCAAGAUGCCCUAGGGGCAAUAAGGCGUUUGUCCCACCCCCACAUUGUGCGGAUGAUGGCUGUGGCCAAAAGUGAGACACAGAUCCUCAUCGCUAAUCAGUACAUCCAUGGAGCCAACUUGCAGCAGGUGCUUAGCAGAGACCAUCCCAGUAAGGUAGUUGUACAAAUAGACCAUCCCAGUAAGUUGCAGUUUGAGGAUAAGCUGUUUGUGGCUUUAGAGAUCACUAUGGCUGUUGAGUACAUACAUGGAAAACAGAUCAUCCACCAAGAUCUGAAGCCAGCAAACAUAAUGAUUACAGCCGAUAGCAGAAAGGCCUAUCUCACUGAUUGGGGCAUGGCCAACUGGCAGGAGACCAUGUCAAUAACCAGAGCAAGUCGCCAAGGAGCCCAGUGUGGUCCGCAGGGGGGAACCCCCCCCUACAUGGCCCCCGAGUGCCUGGUGGACUGUGAGGACUGCAGCACCUCCUCCGACAUGUGGUCUCUGGGCAUCACUCUUCUGGAGAUGUUCUCCAACUCUGAGCCCUGGACGUACAGCAAAGUUCAGGAGCUCCGCAGGUUUCUCUCUAAGCAACAGGCUCCACAUGCACUGGCUCAACUGCAGCCUCAGAUGGCUGGUGUAAUUAAACCUCUGCUGGACUAUGAACCUGAAUCACGCAUGAGAGCCAAAGAUCUGGUGACACUGCUGAAGUCUAAAGUUGAUCUCACCAAGAGAUAUGGGCACAGUUGGUGAGGGCACAGUUGGUGAGAGGAGUAUAAAUGGACAAGCCUGGAUCAACCCAGACGAUCAUGUUAGCGGUCGCUGCAGCCAACUAAGGAAGGACUGAACUGGGGAGA